AUGCGUCUACUCAGCAUUCAAGCAUUUGGAGUCUUGUUCGGCCUGGAGCUGACCGUCGUGGCCCUGUCAGCGACUCCGCCAGAAGCUCAGAGUACUCUCAAACUCGAUCACCAAACAUAUAUUCUGACUUCCCUCAAGUCGAAGUCACUGCAUCCGACCCGCAGAGAGGGAGCAAAUAAGAGAGCCCGUAGCACUGUGCUCAAGUGCCGGGUCAAGGCCGUUGACGACACUGACGCCUUCGAAUUCGAGAAGUCCCAGCAAGGUUUCAACCUGGUCUUUGUCAAGGAAAACAAAAUCUUGUCGUCGGGACCAUCUAAUGUUUUAUCCGAUAAAAUACCGAUUGAGAUCCAUCAGCAAGACGCUUUGACUUGCGAAGAAGCUGUGGACCUGUUAUUUAAAGGCCUCAAAAACGACCCGACCUUCCUCGGGUUAAUCUCCGCCGACACUCAGGAAGUUCCAUUCAGUACUCUGCACAUGUAUCUUGCGAGUCUAGCUGCGGCGAAAUGGGAGGCACCAGAAUUGAAAGGUAUCGAAACUACGAGACUACGUGAUCCGACCAACUCCCAGAGCCUGCUGUGUCAUGCAAGGCUGAUGAAUGAUAACGACCAUGCUCUCGAGUUUCAUCCUUCUAUUGAUCAUUCGAGCUUCUUCCUUACCUGGGCACAAUGUGGCAAGACUAAAGCUAAGGACUUGUAA